ACGAUCAGUGUGUCAUCUCACCGCGCGUGGCAUUUUUCACAACCACCUACCAUGGCCCCAGGCUCACGGCUUUGCGUUCCUGCGUUGUUGGCGGCCGUGUCGUGCGUUGGGGGAUUCAUCCUUCCGUCGUCAGGCCCCACGAACCGCGGUACGCUUCGAAAACGAGGCUGCAAUGGCUUGCCAACUGUUAGAGGUUCGCCCGCCUCUUCGGCGCACGAUUACUGCCGCCCCCGACGAGACUCGAGACGGAGUGCCCUCGGACCCGAUGGAAAGGAGAUCGACAUCAUCAGGCAUCGAGAGGCCUAUUCAUAUGCUGAGUAUUGGGACGAAUUUUACGCCGGGGGAGAGGCUGGAAGCCUUAAGGACGGAGAGUCGUACGACUGGUUCUUCGGCUACUCGAGGCUGGCGGUUUACUUGAACCUUCACGUCGGCGGGGCGAGGGCGGGCCGCGUGUUGGUGCUGGGGUGCGGCAACUCGGAGGUGUCGCCCAAGAUGUGGGAGAACGGAUGGAAAGACAUUGUGAGCAUCGACUUCUGCAACCCCGUGAUCGAGGCUAUGCAAUCGGCGCAUGCCGACAAGCCCGGGAUGGAGUGGAAGGUGAUGGACGCCAGAGAUAUGGCGGAGCUCGAGACGGGCUCUUUCGAUGCUGUGAUCGACAAGGGUCUCACUGACUCCGUCAUGUACAACGAUAAGUUCUCCGUCAUGAUGGCAAAGGUGUCCUACGAGGUGGCCCGUGUGCUGAAGCCCGGAGGGGUGUACUUGAUGGCCGACUAUCGGGACCCCGAGCGGAUACAGGAGCUGUUCGAGCGCGACGAGUGGGAAGGGGGCUCGCUCACGCAAGAAGGAAAGAUCACCUCCAAGGUGCAUCUCUUCAAGGGAAAGCGCUCGUCUGUGGAGCCACAAACGCCCGACUUCCUGGAGGAGUUGAUAGAGGAGGUAGAGGGGGACGUUCAGGGAGAGGUGCUAGAAGCGAUCCCGCAGGAGGACUCUCAGGAGUGGCUGGUAGAUGCUAUCGCCCAGGGCACCAUCAGUAUACCGGAUGAAGGCCCCGUGGAUGAGGUGCCUCACAAGGACGUGGGGCAGGACAAGCCCUUCAAGUUUUAACCAAGCGUGCUUGGUGCUAUUUUGUGUGGGGGUUUUUGUUGGUGAGCAUCAUCGAUGGCGCUAUCGUGCCCCGCCUGACCGGCCAAAUGAAAAUAUCGUGCAACCACGUCGUCGUGGCUAUCGUACAGCUGGCCGUGUGUGUUUUUGUGUGUGCUUGCACGGGUGCUUCAUGCGGUUCGUGUGCGUGUGCCUGUGUACCUUCUGUAGUGACGCUGGCGGGCCUCUGGACACGGGUCAUGUAGGGCUCGAGGAGGAGAACUGGAGCAUACGCAUUAUGACGAACAAACGUACUACUGGAUGACCGACGAAGUAACCCUUCACAAUAUGCUGCAAUUGAUCUACCCCCCCUCUAGGAACGAUUGGCCAUCGGUGAUCGGUCCUGUGGGAACAAUGCUCCGUCCUCUCGAGGACGCGUGGUCAAUGGUCUAACCGCUAAGACAUGCAAAACAUAAGAGUACGCCCCCCCCCCUCCCCCUCUGCUGUAAUAGUUAUCGGGAGGUCGGGAGGCCGUACAGAGGGCCCCGUCUUGACGUGGGUUCCCUGUCUUGACACCUAAGGGGGUGUGCCUGACAGGUUAGCAUGUUGUUCAGAGAAGUCGAAGCAGAAACCAGGAGGUAGGAGAAGUAAGUGUGUGUGCCCCUUGGUGCCCCGACUGUUUUGGCGAGCGUCGGGGCCACGCCAUCCUCAGAAUAUCUGUCGUUGAUU